AUGGAUGUCAUGCAACAAGCAACGCCAGAGGAGGAUCACACCACGCUCAGCAUCAACGUGAAUGGAACACAAGUUCGCCUACCUAUGCAGCACCAUUUAGGCAACACAAAGAUAAACAACGAAGUGGCCCACCUGUUCUCCAUGGGCAACCAUGCCUACAGCCGGAUUCAAGCCUCCGACUGGGACCGUCAUCGACUUCGAUUCAACAAACGCUCAAAAUGUGCACAACGGUAGACAUGACAACAUAAUUAUACGGGACGGAUAUGUGGACAGUGUAAGCCAACCAAACCGGCAUGGUCAAUCAGUUCCUCGCCAGUUGUGUUCAGAGUAUACUAAAGUUGAGGUAGCACGACAAGAUCCCAGACUCGUAAGUCUUAGAACAGACCAGAAUCCUGAACAUCCACACUAUGCUGGACAAACUAUAACUUCGAUGGAGCGGUUACCUAGAGAGGUUGGAGGACAAGAGCUUACCACAGCGACUGUUCUAUGGCAAUGUUAUUAUGGAUGCUCGCAGACAAGGAGGACAAAAGCAAAACUAUACGGACACACCGAUAACAUACCCCGAGUAAUUGUAAAUAAUUUCGGAGGCCUGGUAGAAGCUUGCGCAAUACCGACUGGUUUGUAAAAGAGUUCUGAAGACUUAUUUAUGAGAACUAUUAUUCGAUUUUUGCAUUCAGAAAAGCUUCCUCAAAUUUUGGGUUCUGAAUCCACUGAUGGACUCUACCGUAGCGAUGGCGUUUGUGGUCUCUGAACACUAUGGCCGGUCUCACCAGCUGUUCCUCAACGCCUCUACUUUGACUAUCCCCAACUUCAUGAAAGGAAUUUGACGUCCGAUGAUCUCCGAUACCGUGCAACCCCCUUCUCCCCCUUCUUGACGGUCGAAAAUCUACCGCCAGCAGUUUUUUUUCCUGAACCCUUCAAACCAUAAAAACCAUCAUCAACUAUAUUUUUAUUCUUCAGGAGUUUUUUUUACUGCUGGUCGGAUUUGUGUUUAAUCGCUUCCCUUGACAAUGCCUGUAACUGGCAUUUAAUAAAUUAACUUAAAUUGAAAUUUGGCAGCGAUCUAAGGAGCAAGCCGGAUUACUGUUGUCAAAAAAAUGCGCACCUCGUCAAAAAUGCCUCAGAUUUUCAACCUCAACAUCCCACCAUUUUCAAAAUUGACUUGCAAUCAGCAGGCAUUCUGCUUACGGAUAGGUCGCGUCGGACAUUUUGGAAUCUAAUGGGACAACCCGGCAAUGCCACUUGCUGUCUAUGCGAAUGUCUCCACCGUCAAUCGUGUGCCAAUGCCCACGACAGCAGCAAUCACAGCCAAAGGUGAUUUCACUCCUGAUGCCACCGGAACGUCGUCGGCACCCACUACAUCUAUCCUCCCUGCCACAACACACGAGACGACGGAUAUCUUCUUUUGAUCUGCUGUUACCUGUGAAAAUACCCUCAACUCCCCGUCAGCAGCUACUGACCCCACCGCCGUCCACAGUAUCGUUGCUUUAGACUCGACCCGAGCAUGCCACCCGUGCAAUCGCACAUUUACAUCACAUAUCGGCCUGGAUGACGAAUCUAUCGCAUUAAGACAGACGCACCAGUGUUAGGAACCAGACAUACGCUUGUUGCACUCACCUCCAGUGUCCACAUUGUUCACACACAACUCAUCACAUGCAGCUAUUCGGUCACAUGCUUUUCCACGAGUGUAAACUUUACAGCAACAUAUUGUCAUGUCCAGCACACAUAGUACACCCGACAAGCCUCCCAUCUCCGGCACUGCCAACUCAUCCUCCAGCAACGCGGAUAACACAAGCAGUGUCACAUCAGCAACCGACUUAACAGCUCCAAAUCCACUCUGCGCACAUUGCUACCGUACAUGCGUACCAUGCACCGGUUUCGUAAGUCGUCGGCGAAUGGACUCGCACAGAGACUGCCGAACCAAAGCCUGGAACACCAGCAUUCACCCGCCGCACCUGCCUCAACUACCUUCGCACAUUCAGUUGCCGGUUAGGUCUACUCGACCACAUGCACAGCAAUAAACACCUGCAAUAAAACACCCCUGGUUUAACCACAUCGUCGCAUAUCUCCUCACCAGCGCACACAUCAAGCCUAAGCACAUCCGACACCAAACAUCCAAGGCUCGGUCUAGGUAUCUCUCACGUAAGUGAGAAGUGUAUCCUUCGCUUAUUUUCUCACACAUCCCCACAGCUACUAUAAAAUGUGGGCAAUCCAAUCGGUCCACGCCACUGAGUGGAAUUCGGGUGUGCUUUGUGGGAGUUAGGUCGUGCCUGUGACAUGCGCAAAAGGGCUGUAUUUUACUCCGUCAGUCACUGCGUCAAAUCUCUGUAUCCGACAAAUGACCGGCUAGACCAUUGGGCUGUUGACUAAAAGAAGAGAGAGAGAGAGAGAGAGAGAGAGAGAGAGAGCAUGAGCAUUACCCACUUAGCGCACAUUUCUCACUAUAAACGGUCUGACGCACUUGAAUCUAUCACGGUGUGUUGAUAUGCUGCGAACUGACGCGAUAACAUAGUCCUCCCCUGAAGCAGCAAUGACUCAUUCUUGAUGCGGCUCUUGUUGCACUCUUUUGGCAAAAUAGUAAUCAAUGAGUAACAACUGAAACCCGGGCACAUUUGCUCUGUGUCCAGGAAAAUUCGCAUUUGCGGUAUGUAGAGGCACAGCUUUGGUGUGAACUUGCAUACUGUAUGAUGAAAUGAUAUUCUCCGACAAAUAUGCACAUGUCUUAUGUCUAAAUGCCUCUGUGGAGCGCAGUAUUAUGCAAAUCGCGAUAGGUCAGUCCUAUAUAUUGACAAGGCAUUCCUUAAAGGAUCUAACAUAAUAAUUGUUUAUUAAAGACCCGUCGGGGUCCCAUUAAAGCAUCUUCUCGUUGGUCGUUUUUCAGUUGUCUGUGUUGAGCUAGGGCAAUGAAGUUGUACAUGUAUAGGGAGUGCAGUUCCGUAAGAUCCGGUGGUGGGACAAAAUAUCUUUUUGCUUUUUUGAUGAUUGUGUUCGAUCGUCCAACUCUAAGUGUGUCAUCCUUGCGUAUAAUAUAAACAUAUAGAAAGUCAUCCACAGUGCCGCCGAUGAGAAGAACUUCCAAGAAUAUCUAUGUCGAUUGGAAGAGCGAUCCCGUAGAUAGUUCCUCUAAGCCAAAAGAAGCAUAUACACUAUGCUGCAUUUUGGGAAUAGAUACUAGGUCCCUGAUAAGCGUAUCUACAAUCUAAACGGCAUAGCACUCCGAGGGGCCAAAAAACGGAAAGUUCUCGACCUUCUGCACAUAUCGUGCGCCAUCAAGCGAGCAUUCACAGUUCCCGAUGAUGACUGUUUCUCGAAGCCUUUGGUACCUUUGUAAGGCUGUAACUUGAAUUUACAAUUCAAGCCCUGACACACUGGACACAGCAGGAUUAUAGGCUACUCGGAAAUGUGCAAGGGUUAGCCACAAAAUUAAUAAGCGAGCAUGGAGCACUGUCAUAUCUGACCUGUCUAAAUAGUUGAGAUAUCUGCCCAUUGAGUUAAAAUCAAUUGCGUGGGGACUAGAUAAGACUUUCAGUAUCACGUGGUUUGCGCUGUGCUCCGCAGUGUGGGAACUUCUUCCAACUCAUCACUACAACCAACAUGGGAGGGUAUCGUUUUUAGCUAAAAGUGGUCAAGAAAGAUUUCAUCUGAGAAAGUGUUUUUUCAUAAAUCGUGGAAUUGAACCAUGACAUAGUCUGCCCCGGGCGACUGUUAUUUUCGCAGUUUGUGGAUACAUUCAAAUAUCAACCUUACCGACACAUUCUUCAGCCACAACCGACUGCGAGACAAUGUUAUCCUUAAAACAAAUGCACGGAAGUGAGACUACGUCUGCUCCAACUUGACAGCGUAAUUUGUAUAUUACUAUUUCGUCCAAUUCUUAUGUGACAAAUAGGAAGUUUGGAAGAGUAAGCGUGUUUUUUCCAAACACACUAAACUGAGAUGGACAUCUGGAUGUGAUGAGUCCUUUCAAAAUUUGCCAAGGUUCCUAUGUCGAUUUGUUUUAGCAACCAGUAUAUUUAAAUUAGUUGUGUGCAGGCCAUAGUACUGAUCCCUAAUAAUUCAACAGGUCUGCAUGAGGUAUCUUUGGAUGUCCUUGUAUUAAAGAAGGAGUAGGCUAAGACAACCAAGUUCGCAUAUACACAAUACGAAUUGGAAUCAUUUCUCAACUUUUAUCGGCCUUCUUUUAACCUCAUCGGACAAAAUUUACUCAUUCCUUAAAUAAAUGUCAGACGACUGAAUUUGAUACCAUAGAUGCUUACGGCCCAAUGCCCCGUUUACUUCACAAAUGCGCUCUUUUCUGUACCUGAACAAGAGAUUAAUAAGCAAGAUAAGCACACAAUAGUCCCUUGGCGAGACUGACAUACUAGGAGAGGUUCAGCGAUGACAAAAUGGGGAUUCUGAUGUCCUUUUAUUCGGUCUAUGCACAGGAAAUAUUUAUGUGGAUUAAAUUUCAUACACGUUUUGCCUCGAACUGCCGUUUGACACACUUUCCCCGGGGAUAUCUGAGCAGCCACAAAUCCCAUCAUUCGUAUACGCCGAUUGGUUGAUUCACAAUCACUUUCUCGGUUCUGCGCCAUAGUUUUAGUCAUCUGAUAACAGUCUUUCCUGUGGAGACCGGUCAUGUUAUGCAGACAUAAACAGUGAUGGCCUGGAAAAGAAGCCCUGAAGUGCACCGCUUGCUAUCCACACCGAAACCUAUUUCAUGCUUAUAAUGCAUACAGACUGUCCUCGACCGACAAAAAGAUUUCGUAUCCAAUUAAUUACGUUGGUCCGUAUCUCAUAUUCUACGACCGUAUAAUGUGACUGGCAGACUACCACACAACCGCUUUAAACUUGAUCGAAUCAGGUUUCUUCAUCGAAUAUCAGGGAUCAGUGCGUCGUUGAAUAGGUCAUAUUUGUCGAGCAGGACUGUGUCAUCGAAAAUUGUGUUUGACAGUAUAAAGAUGUCUAUUCCUCGGGAAAUUCCAUAUCAAAUUUUUGACUACAUAAACUUGCAAAAAUACAAUACCAAUUAGCAAUUUCCUUUGCACAUGUUGCGAAAUAAGUAGAUCUCGGUUACCUCCAAUCAGAGGAGAAGGAACCUCGAUCAAAAGAUGACAGCAAUAUAUGCGAAAAUUCUGUAGGGAGCUCCCAAGCAAGCCCCUACGGAACUCUCGAGAAGUUCUUGUCAUUUUUUUGAGGACUGGGGAAUCAACGGGACUAUCUUACACACUUGGACUUGAGGUAUCCUGGAGGAACCAUGGAGACCUAUGGCAUAAAUGGACGACAGCGUGUGGAGAUGCCCAAUACAACGUGAUAAGAGCAAGUUCACAGCUUUUCUUGUUUCUGUUUUACAAAGCUAAGUAAAACAAUGAAUUCGGCGCAAGAGGUGUCGUGUUUUGCAUUGCUAGUUCAUUUGGUUACAAGAUACAUUGCAGAAACAUGCGUCUCACCACAAUAGUGUUCAUCUUUUCUCUUCCGGCUACUGGUCACGUCUUUAUUGUUGGGAAACCGUUCCUGAUCAAAUGUGAACGGAAAGCUGACACAUAUUUCAUGCAUUGCUGAUCCAUUCGCUAUUCUACCGCUAUUCCCAUAGUUAUAUCACUCAGGUGGUUUGCUUGUUCCAGUAAUAGUAUUAACAUGUCUGCCGAGGGCCACAACCAGUCAGUCACUGAACCUGUUAUCGUCAGCGUUGAAUUAAUAGAGACUAAGAGCGGUGCCUCGAUUUUUGAGAAUAUUCGAGAUAGUACGAUCACUGCAACUUCAUUAGAUUCUGCUAAGCCUGCCUUCAAUGAAUUUGGACUCGUACAUCAGAGUACUCGCUUCGAUGGGACCUCGACUGUUCUUUAAUAAAAAAAAUCCUUAUUAUUAGUAAUAUUGUAAUUGGCUGCGAAUAAAUUAUUCUCCAAACCAAAGUGCAUACCUCCUAAGAACUAUGUGACAAAUAUCAAAAAGGGCAAAACGACUGGACAGGCAGGCCGACAUAAUGAUUAGAAUGUUGAUAACUUCUGCUUUUACUACUUAUCAACUAGAUCCUGGACCUCUAAUCUUCGCUUCAAUCGACGCUCUGAAUGAUGUUCAGUUCAGUUAGGGACUUAAUUCCCCCCGCAACUCCGGUGACCUCUUACAGUCUCACAUGUUAUAACAAUGAAUACGUGGAAAUAAAAAGAUUCUUAGGUAUACCGGUCAUUCUAUGCUUGAGAGUUUAAUAUGAGCAGUGAGAGUGUUUUAAUGAAUCAGAGUUUUUUGAAGUAGAGGGAACGACCUUGUACGAAAGUGAUUUGCGGUAAUUGCAAUAAAUAUUCACAGCCGUUUCGCUUGACGUGACUUAAGAACUAUAUCUAGAGGUAAUUGCUUCUUACUGAAAAUGCAGUCUCCUAAUUGCUUUAUUCAUCAUAAAUCUGGUUUGGUAGUUGAUAGGAGCUUACAAAUUAAACGCCUAAGCAAUUGCAUUUAUCAUAAUGAAUAAGCUGAACGGUUGAUUGACUGAUUCUGCGUUUUGCAAUAGUUGGGUUGGUGGUAUUUGGUCGUAACUCGACAUAUUAGGUUAUAUCAGAGCAAUUUAACUGGCAGCUUUAUUUUUUAAUUAUUUAUAACUGUCGUUGCCAUGGUCGCCGAUUUUGCUGCGAAUGAUCAACCACCCUGCCAGAACCAGCCCCUCCUAGCCCCUUAAACAUGGCUGGGCUGGAGGGGGCUAUGAUUGACUGGGGUGACGCAGCCCGUUCUUGGCGUUGAGGUCCAAGCGCACUGGAACCUAUUUCGCUCCGAAAUGUCCUGCGCAAUUCGCCAAUUGGCACAUAUGUGUUAACGCAUAUGUGUUAACACAUGUGGAGCGAAAGGCACGCCAAUGACGCCGCUUUUAAGGUCGGACUGAUCUGCCCCAAAGCUCAUGCAAGAGUCAGUCCUCGCAAAUCUACCACAGACCAGCAAACUAUCAUCAGCAGAGGUUGACAAUGUACUAGUGCAGUGUACUAUAGUAAUGUUGUUGUCGGGUCAGUUGUGAACAGAACUCGCACUGCACCAACAAAAUCAAGUUGAUCAUAUGGGCCUGGCAAAGCUUAAGCGUCACAUGGAACCAAGUGGCAUGUUUGUUCCCUACUCAGAAAUGUAAGUGACAACAAUUAUUUUAAUACAGGACGUAACGGUUCGGUCAUCGCUGACGGACAUGCGACUCAUUAAGUAGAGGGAUCUCAGCGAAGUUUUGGUAAAUGAUGUUCCAACCACGCGGGAAGCGUACGAAUUCAAUACUGAAAGCAGUAUAUCCGUCCACACGAAAGUGAUUAGAAUAGGACCCUCUAUGGACGACAACACUGUGAGGGCCAACUCAGAGAGCGAACUGCGGAUAUUGUACAAGAGUGGUUUCCUUGAAGGAUGCUUGUAGUUUGUUAAAAUAUCUUAGGAUUUCUAGUGAUUUGAAAUAAUUGAACGAUCGUUUGCCAGAUAUGUAAAAUUGUGGAGUAAAAAUAUUAUCGUUGUGAUUUUCACCAUCUUGUUUUGGAACAGUAAUAUCUGAGAAUGGACCGAUCUUUAGUUACUGUUAAAAUGAGUCAUUCGGCUUUCAUGAUGAUUGGUGGAAGACACAAGAUAGGCAGGCAUGUAAACAUCAAAGCGUAGUUUUCAUAGCCGGUGCGAACAAAGUACACAAUACAAAGCAUAUUUAAGGACAUUACGUGAAUUUCGACCAAAAACCGAAGAAUGCUAGCCAGUUCACACACAAAAAUUAAGCUGUAUACAAACAAAACGAAAGUUGGAUAUGUCGUCUUCUGGUCGCAUUCGCCAACGGUAAUUAUAAGUUUUAUAUAUGUUUUGUCUCUCCGAGCAAGACAGUUUAAAUAUUAUGGAAUUGCAAAUGCUUCUUUUGCCUUCACUCAGAAACACAGACAUGCGCUCGUACACGGCGCAGACGAGGUCUAUCAGAUAGAUCAUAAGCGCCUCGUUACAAGAAAGUCCAGCAUUGCGUCUGCUAGGCCUUGUCUGUGGACCAUUUGCGCCGUGUACGAGCGCAUACUUGUGUUUCUGGUCCAAACGGGUGGAUCUAAGACUGCUAUCGGCUACAUGAGGGCACAAUAAGCUGAAAACAGUACUGUAUGAAUUUGCCGCAUUCGCCGUCGUCUCUCUUCUCUGCUUUAUAACUUGGCUGACUUCGCCCUGGUAGGUGGUUUUCUGUUCGUAACCGUUUUCACAUAUGCGGAGCGUGUUUGCUACGGGAAACCUGAGUACGCGCCCAUUCCUGGUUAAAGAAUCGAUUAGCCUGCAUUUUUAUUGUUUGCCCAUAAUGGGACGACGUGCUGUGGAAUUUAAGCAUUCCUUUUUCUUAAAACAUAUAUCACGGUGAAUAGUAAUAUUAAUUUAAAGACAACUGUUAAUCACGAUUGCAUUUUUAGAACGAAUCCAACUGGUGGGUUGUUUGGAGUCUGGGCACACAUUUCAAAUCUGCGUUUGCAAAUUUCGUUAACAAAAAUGUCUUUAGUGGGACAUGCACUGUUCGCAGUCUGUGCCAAAUGCAUUAGGGUCUGGUUAACACGUAAUUUGUCCUCAAAAAUUGCGGAGGAAUUUGUGAUGGUAUCCAUUUGUCCCAUCAGUAUUCUUUUUACUACACUCACGUAUGUGUUGGAACACAUAUGUGAAUGUCAAUUGACCAUUUCCACUGAGCAAUCUACAGUCAAAUCUACCCCUCAACUGUUUUCUUCAAUGCAUCUGGACUGCAUAUGCAUAUGGUAGAUUGGGACAUUUUUGUUAACAGUCGUUGCUUUCAUCGUAUUUAUUGGUUUCCUGAACACUUUAAUAGCUUGAUGGAGAAGGACACCAAUAAAGCCUAACCUGUUGACCUCCAGCGUAAAUGAUAUGUUGAGGUUUUCUACCUCUACACGUGUUUAGAAAUUGUCGCUAAAGCCUACUGCAGCCUAGUGAUGCGUACAGAACUGUUUUCAUUGUUCAAACACUCUCUGUAUAGGUGCGGUCUGCGCAUGACAUUGGAAAAGAUUAAUAUUUAAUUAAAAUACGGACUAAAUACUGACGUUUAUAACGUGGAGUAAUACACCUCAAUCCGGACUUUGCGAUUUGGUUUCGCUAAUUCCUAGUUUUUCUACUCUUGGCAUGCACUGCGUUAUAUCUUCAUCUUUCCGAUAGGUUAUCUCUCUUUAAUUCAUCCCGCGAGACGUGGUUUCAAAUUAUUAGAUAAUUCGCUUGUCAUAAUUGUAAUUUAGGAUGGGAAUUUGAUAAAUCCCCUUCACAGAUGCAUACGCAUGUAACCAUCUGUGUCUAAAGUGAACGUGUGAUCGGCAGGACGCAGUCUAACCUGCCAUUCAUUGUAGAACCUUUUUCAACUAAACCGAUUUAUUAACCCAAAGCGAUUUUCCACUUAAAAAAUUCAAUUUAACAAUGAAUGGGAGUCCACUUUCUCCCUUCCGUGUCCAACCAUAUGAGGCAUGCCGUAGUACUUAGCCCAUCGAGUACAUGGUCACUGCUUUUUAAGUCUUUCAAGAAGAGAGGUUCCAAUAAACGUAACAAGUCCAGGCGUUUGAAGCAUGUAUAAUAAUCAAGAUGGUUACGAAAUGACCCAGUAGCGAUUGUAUCCGGUCAGCCCUCUCUGGUCACCUAUGACUGGACACAUCUAGGUGCCUUCCAGAUAAUUUUUUAGUUUAAUGACUGCCAGAACAAUCGCGUCAAUAGCUUGAUUUUUUUAUCGUAGGUUUUCGCCUGUACCAAUAUUCCCCAUAGGUGGCAACAAAUUACCCGACCUCAAGGGAUACGUCUGAUUAUCUAAUUACUGCAUUUCCCUAAUAAGCAAGAAAUAGAGGUUCGAUUAAACUUUACGAACCUUGGCGCCUAAAUGCUCCUCUCACCUUUAUUGGAGUUCAAUGUCUACUAGAGUAUUGCGUUAAUAGUUUAAUUAUUUUCCAUCUAGGUUUUUUGCCCUUCCUGGAAAUCUUCAUGGGCGGCAACAAAUUACCCGAUCUCAAAGGAUACGUCUGUCUGGUGACAGGUGCCAGUCGCGGGAUUGGCCGCGGCAUCGCACUUGCUCUGGGUGAGUGCGGCGCCACAGUAUACAUCACUGGCCGUACUCUCAAGCCCAAGGGUGAUGUCAAGGAGGGCGAUGUAGGCGGAAGUCUGGAGGAGACGGCCGCGGAGGUUACAUCGCGUGGCGGAGUACGUUUAUUCCCUCGCCUACCUCACAUGCUUUCCUCUCUAUCCUUACCCCUUGGUUUUUUUCAACUUCACUUUUGCGCAGCAUUCAUCGAUUCCUCUGCAGUAUUUGCGGUCGGCUGAAGCGUGUAAAACGUUGACUAGAAUGCGUAUACCAUACUUCCAACUUGGUUUCUGGCCAAUUUUGUGGAUGCAUGUUCUACAUACUUCCGGUAACCUGCACGAUCCAAAUAUAAGUAGUCCUUCUCUUCGUCGUUUUCUGAAGGAUCACCUCGACAUUUAUUAUAGCUCUUUAAGUACCUGCAGAUCUGACCUUUUGUGUUACUUAGCCAACGUAGACUAAUCCGUAAAAGACACGGUCAGGUUUAGCAUGGUUUGACUUCAGUCUACACCUAUGACCUCGAGGAUUUAUAGUCUGUGCUUUUCCGAGAAUUUUGUGGUAAUGGUAUUAACCUACACACGAUGCCCGGAAACUCCUUGAUCGUUGAUCAUGAUAUUUUCUUUGUGCUCCGGAAAGAAGUACUCACACGGAGAGGACAGUCAGGUUAUAAAUGUGCAUUAUUUUACUCGCUGAAGCGUCUCUUAAUCUUUAAAUGUCGUCUUGUGUUUGUGGAGCCAAUUCCUUCAUUCUCUUUGGACUUGAUCUACUGAACUUUAUCUGCUCCUCUUUGGACGUAGAAGCCAUCAUUUAGUUUGUUCGGGAAUCACAUGAGCGUUGCGAUUGGCCGUGUUGGGCCAACUUUCGAGGAGGCCGUCUGUGAAUUCUUUCUGAUAAGGCGCGAUAUCUAAUGAGGACACAGUUGCUAACCGUUUGUGACUGGUACCUCAUUCCUAAUUGUUCGGUCGUAUUUCCGGAAUGGCCUGAGAUUCAGUUCAGUUCAUUUUAUUAAGGGAAAUAGGCCUAAGGCUUUAAAUACCCUGUUUGCACCGUAUAACUGCGUGACUGCGAUUACUGCUGCAACCUUACGUGCCGAUUUUUACUUAUUGCCGAUCGAAACCGACAGGACAACGGGCCCGUGACUCAGUGGUUAGUGGCGUUGGACUUCUAACUAACAGGUCACCAGAUCGAGUCCCAGCUGUACCACACUUUGGGGCUGGGUAGGACUGGCUGUCGACGGCUAAUAUGCCAGAACUGGCCAUUCUAGUCUCCCAUUUCUUGGUCGGUAAUAACAUAUGACUUAGGAUCUUUUCAGUGACCUAUAGCAUUCCUUUUACUGAGAACUAAGUAUUGAAUUUUCUAGACUUUUCCUCAAGUUAAUCUGUCGCAUAAAAUGUGUGCAAGCAAGUCGCAUUCUAUUGGUGGCUUGAGGAAUAUUAAUCUCUCUAUUAUAUGCCACAUAAAUGGCUACUUUUACGAGCAGAAACACAAAACAUUUGCAUGUCCGACGGUUCGACCGUCGGUUUCGACGGUGCCCACCGUAUGCUCACAGUGGAUAUGGUGACUUCUGCGUGACCUAGAUUAUAGUGGUGGCCAACUUGUACAGCAUCUACCGCACUCUCUCCUUCCUCCCUCACCUGACCCGAUAUUAUGAUGUAGUCAAGAAGACCGAAGGCGGGAUAGGGCGCAGGUGGCUAACACGGUCAGACACGCACACGCCGGGUGACCGAUCUCCGCUAUACUAACGAUGUCAUUAUGUUAGCGCCAGCCUACGAAGAGUGCUAUGUCUCAAGUCAGUUGGUUUAUCUGUCGAAGCUGCAAAUGUCAAAAUAUUUUCGAACAAAGUUUCAGGCCAGAGAGAAGCGGUUCUUAGUUUUUGGGCUUGUCAGACCUCAGUUAACUGCAUGGAAUGUUACUUAAAUCCUAUUGUUUCCUAGAAGGUUUUAGGAAAUAAGCCGUUUUCUUGCAAUCUGCCUGGAGGUUAAUUUUUAAUAUUGUGAUUUAGUGCUUACUCCAUUAGACCGAAUUAGACUCCAUUAGACUUCUUGAUAUUGUGAUUAAGUGCUUACUCCAUUAGACCGAUUUGCACCGUGAGAUUCAAAACCAUGUGGACAAUGGCAGGGUUUGCGUACAGUCAACGGUCUGGCCACCCGAGCUUUGAGGUCUUGACCGUAAUUCUUGCGUCAAAUCACAUUUGAUUCACGUUACCCGGUCGACGUAGUACUCAGUUGCAUUAUACGGUUUGUCAAGAACAGUUAUGAUAACUAAUGAAUUUUGAAAAUAAUGAAUUCUUACUGGUAUAAUCCGUGUGCUAGAAUUAUGCUGACACAUCGACUUAUGUUUCCCAAAAACCGAAUUCGUAUCAGGGUCUUUUUAUGUGACCGUGAAAAUGCGGUCUGAAGCGCGUACAGCAUGCGUACUAUAUCCCACGCAACCGCUCAGUGUUCCAAACAAAUAUACAAAAACUGCUCAGACCAAAAGUCAACCACACAUGUCUCAGUGUCCAAACUGUACGCUUCCUACAGACCUAAUUAUUCCACGUCUUUCGAUACUUUCCGCCAAGUGUGGAAUUGUCGUCUUCAUCUUAAAUUGUGGCAACGAAGGGAAUCGGAGUACUAAGGCGUUACUUUGCAAUUUACUCAUGUCAUCUUGCAUGUAAUUCCGUACUCUCCUCUCAGGUGGCUAUUCCCGUGGUCGUUGAUCACUCCGAUGACAGCCAGGUGACAGACCUCUUUUCACGCAUUCGUCGCGAACAGAAAGGUCGUUUGGAUCUCCUCGUGAACAACGCCUAUGCAGCAGUCGGGUACCUUACUUCGCACGUCGGUGCGAAGUACUGGGACCUGGAGUCAGAUGACUCGGCCGCGGAAGCCUGGGACAUCGUGAACGGAGUGGGACUACGAAACCACUACAUCUGCGCCGCCCUGGCCACGCGUAUGAUGUUGGAGUAUCGCGGUGAGCUGACCACCAAGGAUGACGCCUCUGAGAAAGAACCGAACAGUAGUGGGAAGGAUUCUCAGCCGAGCGGCGACAACAGACGUCCGGGCCUCAUCAUCAACAUUUCCUCCUUCGGUGGUCUAAAAUAUUUUUUCAGUGUCACCUACGGUGUUGGUACGUAUGCACUCUCUUAUCACCUAACGAAUUUUUCAAUCUUACAGUUAACAGUGACUAGUUUCACCUAUCUCAUCCUGGCCUCUUAGACGUCUUUUAAUUUUCAAUCUCCGCGUGACGCCGAAUAGUUGGACCGUCGAUACCGACGAUGUACACCGUGUGUGGGCGCAGGAGCGUCAACGUCAACAGCACCGUCUCCUCCCUCAUCUCUCCCAGUCCGGUGUCAUCGCGAAGUCCGUAAAACCGGAGGUGGCCCUAUCAAAUUUCAAACUUCACUGAAACACGGGGCGCUCCCCUUCGGGGCACAAUAUUGGUCAUUAAAGAGCACAGGACUAUGUCCAGCGAUGUGUAAGGCGGCAUUUUUAUGGGUCGCAUAGUUUGCCGUCUGGUCGCUGCCGACAGUCGUUCCACUGACUGCCACUAGUGAAUAUAUCGGGUAACUCGCAGCUAGGCUAACAUAAAGGCCCCGUCUUAUUGAGAUUACUGUCGUCCGUUUCGGGCUUCCCAACUUGGGGAUAGGAUGGGUGUGAGCGCAUGCUGUUCGCUUACCCAUUACAACCGGCCACACGGGAGUUGCGCUGGGUCAACAUGGAUGUCAGAUAUGGGUACAGCAUGAGUUACUGAGGAUGCGCACCCCCAACAAAUUCCCUACAUGGGGGUGAGGUGUCAUGACCGGAUGCAGGCUCUCCCCGCAUCAACCACCUACGCCCGAUUCCACCUCCGGUCUUACUGACCCCGUCUUGACACCGGGCUCAGAGAGGUGGCGGAGGAGAGAGUGCAGUGGAUGCAGCGCAGGUCUAGUAUCAUUAUAAGCUAAUUCAUGUGCACGUCACCGUCCCUGCGCUCGCCAUCCUGGGGGAAACACGGUGGACAUCGUCGAUGACGACGCUGGAACUGUCGUUGAUCACUUGUUCAUCGUCUUACUGAGAUUGCUGUCCUCCUCUUCUGGUCUGCCAACUCAGGGAAGAUGCCGUAUGUUUAUUCGUGUGGAGGCAUGCUGUUUGCUACUCCCCAAACAGGUGCCAGAUAAGGGUACGGCACACCUUACUGGGAUGCGCACCCACAACAAAUACUAUACGUGGGGCGUAGUGGCACGCCUAGAUGCAGGUCCACACCGCGCCGACCACCUACGUCAGACCCCGCCUCCGGUUUUAUUGACUCUGCUUUGGCACCGGACUCAGGGUGGAAAGAGGCGGACAGAGUGGAAUAGAUGCAGCACAAAUUUAAUAUCAUUAUAAGCUAAUUCACGUGCCUGCCAUCCUGGGAGUAACACGGUGAACAUAGCCAAUAGAAGAGAAGAGACGAGUUCCAGGCAGAAGUCUUGAAGAAGGAGACACGGUCGCUGGGACAAGAGCUUUUUUAGCCUGACUCUACGGAUUCCUGCUCAAAUACCUCAUCAGAGACCACAGCAGAUACGGGUGAUUCACGCAAAAGGGGCUGCAGUAUUUAUAGGAUGCCGUUGCCAUGCUACCGCAUACCUAUGAACAUUCACGGCUCCCCCUGUACGGGAUCGUCGCAAUUGGUGUGUUAAUUGUUUGAUGGCCGACAUUCGUGUCGUUAAUUGCUGCAAUUUCAUCACGUGCGUUGGAUGUUUGUGUGAUGACUGCUCGACCAUCUGGUGCACCGACCCUGGUGUUGGGAAGAGUGUUCACCUGUGCGCUCCCCGCGUGGCUAAUUACUCCGCCUAGGCGAAGUCCCAGCACGGAGUAUGAAAGGGAAAGUUUAUUGCACUUGUUAAUGGACUGGAGUUCAGUAAACCAUGAUUCAAAUAGCUGCCCGCUCACGCGGUUGUCACCUCUUGCGAGAAUUUCAGCCCUGUCGAAUUUGAAUGUGUGUCCGGAUCUCGUCGAAUGAGCCGCAACUUGAGAACUGGCGUCAUUUCUCCGCACCGCUGCAGCGUAUUCGGUCAUUCUCGUUCGGAUCCGUCUUUCGGUUUCUCCGACGUAGUUGCUUAGUCCGCAACUGCACGAGAUCCGAUAAACGACUCCCGACGUUUCUAGCCGUGCAGCGGGUCCCUCGGUUUCAUUACCAGACGCAUGAUGUUUGCCUCCGUUCUGUGAAUCACCCGUAUCUGAUGUUGUCUCUGACGAUGGGUUCGAGCAGGAAUCCGAAACGUCAGGCUAUAAAGCUCUUGUCCCAGCGAUUGUGUUUCCUUUUUCAAGACGAUGGAUAUCGUCGAUGACGACGCUGAAACUGUCGUUGUUCGCUUGUUCAUCGGUAGCACAUAAUGAAACGACGAACAGGCGACUCUGGAUUCCGACAAAUGGCAGUUAUCAGCUGUUAACUACAACGCACAGCGACCUCUGCUCAUACUCGAGCAGCCUUGAGGGACUGUUUGAUGAAAUCUGAUUCGAUGAUAUUGAUGACCAAUUGCCUGGACUGUCUGUGUCAAACCAUUUUUGCUAUGUCGCGUUCCUGGUCUUUCUCAUGUGUCUGGCAAAUUAACAAGAGGCACAACUAAGCACGAAACGGCCGCUUCAGCCCCUCCUUCGUCUUACCCGCCCACUACUUUGAACACAAUUAUGACUGCCAACUACCAGUUCUGUGUUGAUGGUCAUUUUUUUGUUUCUUCAGGGAAGGCGGCUGUGGAUCGUAUGGCUGCCGAUAUGGCUCACGAACUUCGUACAAAGAAGAAGAACAUUGCGGUACUUGCCCUCUGGCCUGGAUUCGUCAAAACCGAAAAAGUUUUGCAGGCUGUGGAAAAAGGCGACUUUAAAUCUGUGGAUUUAGAAAAAUGGGGUAAAUAUUCCCGUUUGGUGCUUCAAACACUCCGUCCUUCUGUUUUUUGCACAGUUUGUUCCCGAAGUCUAAGGUAGUGCAUUCGUGCUUAUUGCCAUCCUCAUAACCAUCCGUACUGCAGUUUUUAAAGACCUACAUUACCUUCGGCGAUUUUCAUAAUCCCUACCAUUGAAUAGGCUACUCCGCCUGUUUGAUCAAAUUUUGUACAAUUUUAGGGGACCCUCAUUGCAGUCUCGCGGGUUCUACUUGACGCUACAAUUAAUCUAGUAUGUUUGCAAAUAGAAACACCAAAAAGUGACACCGUAGGUUCGCAGUAAUUGUCCAUUGUCAGUCAGUCCUAACACAACCCGAGGCCAUGGGGAGCACACGCCGAACACCGUCUAUAUGUACAGCAACGCACUCCCCUCUGCCAGUGAGUCAUUUGCUCACUGCGAUCGACAGCGUCAACGGUCACUCCGAAACGACAAAACGGACCGUUCAUGCUCGGUCCUGGGGCCAGCAUAGAUCGGUGUACAGCGAUGGCUGGUGACAUAAUGCGGUCUCAUUGGUAUUUUAGUGCUUUGACGUUACGAGUACUUGCCAGCUACCGCCCUGUUAACGUUCUCCCGGGUAGUGCGUGCUUGCGGCAGGACGGGGCGGGACCGACUACGUCUGAUAAAUGAGGCACCCGCACAAAUUAUCCAUCCAGCGUCCUGCGGCCCUUUGUCACGUUUAUCUUGCAAAGCCACUACCUUUGAAACGGGACCCCAACAGACAUAGAGCUCACAUUGUUGUUGGCCUGUCAAGGCUUCUGUCGGUAUUAGCGUGACGCGGCAACGAAAUGUUUGCACGCCGAUCUCAGCAUAGGUCGGUUCUGUGCGUGUAUCUGCACGAAACGCGAUUGUGUUUACGCAGUCGCAUUACUGCAAUGGUGCAAAGACGAACCAGUGCAGGGUUUUUUGAUGGAACAUCUGGCAAGAAUUGUUUGACAGAUUCGCUCACAUCUCGAAACGGACUCCAGUGAUGGGCAAGGCAACGAAAGAGCUUAGAAUGAGACAAUCAAUCUGGUCUUGUCACAAGAAUGGCGCCCACGUCUUCGUAGAACUUGUCCUUCACUUCGUCUGAGCAGGUCGUUGGGGGAAGGUGGCGGAGGGAGAUAGGUGUAGCCGCUGACGAACGUAGAGAAUUUGUCCCCGCGAAGUGGCAGCCUCGUGGUCAAGAGAUGACAUCUGAUUCCCUGCGGCAUGCCAGAACUUCAUUUCACGGCAUCGGUCUUGAUGACGCAUGUGACUCCGGCGUCCCGGAGCUCUGCUCUUGGAUAUCUGUCUUUCAGAAAAUGUGAAUCUACCUCGGAGCAGGCGUCUGGCUGAGAGGUGCGAUGUCCACCUUGUAGCUCGCCUGUUAUCGAGUGAUCGGAGAGUUUUCCUUCCUAUUUUCGUGACUGUAAGAGUGACCCUGUUUACCCUGGCAGGCUGUGCAGAGUAGGGGAGAUUUGGACGGCUGAUUGUGUUUUAUGUUGUAUUUCGAGUGCAUCAUUUGCGUCCAUCGGCCGCAGUAGGUUUGUUGGCAGGGGAUUUACCAACAUUGUAUGUGCACGUUAGUCUUCUCCUUCAGCGGAUAUAUAAGCUGUGGAUCCCAAAAUAGGCCGCUUUGACUGCCACGACCUUGUUGCAGUGAUAAGAAGACGACCUGAAACGAACGGGUCCCCUUCAGGACUACAUGUCAUCCUCCCCGUGGGAUUUUUUGCUUGGGGUGGGGAAGGAGGCGGAAGGAGGUGUAGGGACCACCUGGUGUGGAGACUUGUACAUCCUUGUCUGGUUCAGCCUACUGAUCGACUUCGCAGGACCACAGGCGGGAGCUGUGUUCAAGUAGCAGUAUUCGUCAUGUUCAUUGGCGCCUUUGACAGACAUAUACAGUGAAUUGUUUGCGAGUAUUUACUACGACUGUGGUCGUGACUGCUAUAACUGGCCAAGAUGUAGUCACCUAUAUUAUCUCUAUGACAGUCUCUGUUUUAGUUUGUCUCCGAUUGGCAGGUUAAAAAAUCCAACUGCAUUUACGACUCAAGAAUAAUUGUACGGCUAUGACAGGCGUGCUCCUUUUCAAAAUCUUUACACCUCACUUGGUAACAAUCGGGAGAGGGCACCCAGCAAAUACUGCCGGCCAAAGCAGCGAUCCUGUCGCAACUGUCCGAAGCUAUGCAGCUAUUGACUGAGCUACACACUGGCGACUGUGGUAGGCCCUUGGUCUCUGGAAGUAAGGGUAAAAAUUGAUAAUCCAAGUGUUCGGUCAACGGCGAUCGUAUUGCAAUUGUACGUAGGUAAGCUACUAUAGAAUACUCCUCAUAGGGACUACUGCGGCCGCUUGUCAGCAGCGGAAGCUUAUAUUCAGGUUGUUUAACGUAGAGUGGGUCUACGGCGAUCGUUUUGCAACUGUCUAAAGGGUAUCGUGCCAUAGAUUGAGCCGCAUACAUACAACUGCAAUCAUGCCUCACCUAAGGAAGAAAUGGUCAUAAUGGAUAAGCCAAAGGGCCGGUCCACAGCGAUCGUAUCGUAAGUGUUAGAACGUAUGCUACCAUAGAGUAAGCCGCAUAUCGGCUUCUGCGCUCGCUCUUCAGCUGUGGAAGCUAAUCUCAAGGUGGAUAAACAUAGGAUAGGUCUAAGGCGAUCAUUCUCCAUCUUUCCUAAGCUAUGCUGGUCUAAAGUAAGCCGCAAACGGACUAUUGUCGUCGCUCGUGACCUAUGCAUGCAUAUGUGAAGGAUGGCAAACCAAUGGUCGGUAUACAGCGAUCGUGUCUCAACUCUCCUAAGGUAUGCAAGGGUAGAUUUAGCCACAACCCCACUACUGCUGUCACACUUCAGUCUUGUAAGACCAGAUCAAGGUUGAUUAACCAUGGCUCGGUCUGCAGCGGUCGCAUCUAAACUGUUGGAGACUAUGAAAAUCAAAGUGAGGCAACAUGUGCACUGCAGGUCAGAUAAAAUAGAGGUCGGAUGAAACAACAAAUAUGCAGGACCAUAACCCACUCAAAUAAGUACAACAAGUAUUAUUUAUAGGCAACGGAUAUUUGGGUGCCCUCUCCCGAUUGUUACCCCUCACUUAUACCCAAUAGGUCGACUGGAGGUGAGUCCAGUAUCGAUAAGUUGUGUGUCAAUUCUGUUGCAUCUGUCCUGAAUGAAAGGGAGAAGUCAACACCCUUGGUAUGACCUGGAUGGUGGUCUAGGCUGUCUCCGAAAGCAACUCGAAAUCCUGUGAAAAUUAUGCCUUUCAUUAUUAUGUCUCUCUUAUUCUGCUAAUCGUGAGCUUUCCUCAUGGUUAUGGUGAUCAGGGUAACCCCAUUGCCCAAGCUGCUCCUGAUGCGGGGCCGAAACUCGAGUUGGCUCCUUAGCAGGGUCAGAGUGGAUCUGAAUGCAGUGCUGCACGCGAUGCAACGCUGUCUCCCCAACUACCCUUCCCCUAUUCUCAUUCAUUUGACAAAUUUCUGAAGUGGAUCGGGAAAUGAUGCACCGGUACAUAUCGAGACUACUGAUGGUGUGGUAGUAACGCUUGUUCUGAUCCUCUACCUUUAUUGCCACUUCCUAUUCUUAGGCGAAUCACCCGAGCUGACGGGUCUUGUUAUCGCGCACCUGCUGGCCGAGCCAAAGGAGAAGUUGCUCGCACGAUCCGGUCGCGUUGUCCUCGUGGCGGACACUGCACUGGAGAUGGGCAUCCGUGACAUUAAUGGCAAAUGGCCCGUUAGCCUGCGCUCUUUGCCUUUUCACCUGGAGGUUGCCGGCCGGACUGGCCUCUCCCGUUAUGUGCCCGAAUUUGUGCGUCUGCCGUACACAGUCCUCAAUUGGUUCGGCUCCAAGUUCUAGCCGUCGUAGCCAGCGUUCUAGAUGACGCAUUACCUCUCCCGUUACUGCUCUGUACUAGACCGCAUGUUGUUACGCCCAUGAUUGUGUUCUGUGCUCGUCAAACGGUUUGUAUUUCUGCUUCUCGAACAUUAUAUUGUCCGCCUGCUUAGCAUGCCAUCGCGGUUUCCCCACCGCAUUUUAAUUUCCGUGCCUUUUCUAUCUGCCUGGGAAACAGGAUUGGUCAAAGCCUAUGGUUCUCGUUUAGUUACGCCCAUCGGAGUGCAACUAAGACUAAAUUCUGCUGCAUUUACGUGGGGGACGAACGAACGUUGACUUGCCCACAUUUAUCGGCCGGAGUUUAGUUUAUGUCAUCAUACAUAACGGUAAUGCUCGGUGCGAUCGCAUAACGGGAUAUACUCCAGCCAACUACAGUAAAUAAGAUUCCAAAUUUGAUCCAAUGACAUAACGAAUCCUCUCGUUUUUACUGGAGGGGUACAUUUAAUUGGAUGAGUAAAAGGUUUUGAAAUGUUAGAACGAGAGUCGAACGAUCAGGCAGUCAUCGCAGCAACUAAGACCAUCCGCGAUGUAUGCGUGAGUCGCCGAUUGUACUUGCAAAGUAAGCGCAUUCGAUAAGUACUGCGUCCCCUGUGCAUCACUGACUCUUAUCUUUUGCUGUAUUUAAGGAUGGAUUUGGGUGCGAAUUCAAAAUGUCAGGCGAACAAAAUCACUGUUUUAGGUAUCAGGUCCCACUUUUCUUCCGUUUUCCCCCGGUAAUAGACAAAUCUAGGCAUAAGGAUUAACCAAUGAUGCGUCCCAGACGGCCACACUUCAGGACCGACAAACAAAAGGGCUAUUCCUCACGUCUGAAAUACAAGCAGACCGACAGAGACGUUCAUCUAGCCGAGGUAGAUAGAGCCACAAAAUGUGCAUAGUUUGGGCUAAGCGGACUCAAAACUACCGCCGCACAUGGAGGGCUGUUUUGGCAAUCCUAGACGUGGGCAUUCACUGCUGGUAAUCCCAUCACAAUCUUCUUUACAUGCUCGGGUUGUCGACCGGUGUAUGGUAGUGGGGAGGGAGAGUGAGGAUUACAAAUACUUAAUGAUUCAAAAUACUGACAACAAAAGUAAAAGCUCAAAGCCCGGAAACGAGUGCUUCGCCAAUUUUUUACAACUGCAUCACAUUACUGCGAGGUGUUCGGCCCAUGCGGUGAACCUCCACCUGCUGGGAAUGUUUUUGGAGCAGUAGCCAAUUCAGUUUACUGUACGGACGUUUCGGUCUCCCACUCAACCACAUCAUCCGAGACAGUCGUGAUACGGGUAAUAGAAGCACACAGGGCACAACAUCCAUAAUAUAUCGUUGGCAUGCGACCGCAUACAUAUCAUUUGCAGCGCCUGCGUUCAACGCUUGGGGUCGUAUUUGAUGCAAUGAUGGCUUGUUCGUCCGCAUCCGAGCUGUUGAUCACCACGAUUUCAUCACCGUUGGUGAUUUUCGGCACGAUGACCACCCGCGCCCGCUCCUGAUUCGCCCGGUGAAGGCCGCAACUCAAAAUAUGGUGCCGGAGGUCAUUGCGCUUGUCGCUCGACUGCGGACGGAGGACACUGACUGAUGCUCAUGCGGUUAUCACCUUUUGCGACAAUUCCGGCCUCGUCAGAUAUGAAGAUGUGGCCGAGUUCAUUCGAAUUCGCCCCGACCCGUGACCCAGCGUUCUUUCUCCUCACCGCUGUUGCCUGCAGACACAUCUGUGUUCGAAGUAAUCCUCCAGUUUCUCCGACGUAAUUACUUUGUCAGCAACUGAACCAGAUGCGAAAAAACAGCUUCAGACGUUUGCUGACGUGGCAGUGGGUCUUUCGGACUCAUGACGUGUAGUCCGAUGGUCGCUUUUGGUCUGUGUGCAACCCCAAAUCCAAAUUAUGUGAGAAGGCAGCUGACGGCUUCCGAGAGUACAUAACGCACAGGAGAGCUCGCGAAAGUCUUGAACCGGUAGGAUUGGGUUUCUUAUUUUGUUAGCGCAUUCGUUGGUUGACGAAGUUGCGCUUUAAGUACUUACCGAAGACAUUUAAGUCUAGCAACCUUGUCUUUCUAUGCAUUUAAAAGAGUCUCAAGCUAACGGUAUAGCGUUUGUGGCUGAUAAUUGAGGAAUUCCAAAACGACGGACAAAAAGACUUCUUGUUCUAUCGAUUGAAUCAUCUUUCUCUGAACUGCCUCCUGGGACUUCCCGAUUCACUUCUAUCGGCUUUCUGAACUGUGCUCGCCUGCGGUUAAUCACAGAAGGAACAGUGUUGUUUGGCUAAUACCAAGUUUCAGACAGUUCCAACAUCGAAUUGACCGGGAGCAGAAUGACGGACAGAAAGGUGUGAAUAAUCGGUCACACCGGCGACCACGCGAGUGAAUUGUCACAAAAUUUACUGAGGGUGAAUCAUGAACAGAUACGUGCUCGGCUCUCUCGUGAGGUCAUAUGCACGAAUUAACAAGGUGCCCGACCAGUUCCCGUAUCUGAUUAUUCAGGUUUGUAAAAUGAAUGAGGCAACCAUCUCAAGUCUACCACCAGCUCCUACCGACGUCCGCCUGAUGACUUAACCUCUAUGUUCGAAGUGAUGUAAUGUAGAAAUGCUAUCCUUCAGUACAUAUUUCAUUUGGCGACGGGCUGGUUUUUCUAGCUUAAAUACUCAUAGUCUGCACUUGAUAUUCCCGCCCUAGUCGCGUUUUCUCCUGCGGACAAACAGCCCUUGAAGCCAACCUGCUUCGGUGCACACUUUGCCGUCUGGACAUAUACGUCUCUUACGGUUUAUCCUCUGGUGGAACGCUCCAAAAGUACUUAACCAUGACCAUGGCUUUCGAUAUGCAGAUUUGAUUUUAAGACCUUCUCUUUGCUCCGCAGUCGUUCUUCGGAGACAGUACGAGCUCGGACUUUGACAGGACAAGGCGUCUGCUACCAUGACUAAUUAGGAUUGACAAAAUGUGAGUCCUUGGCUUAACUGACGGUCCUCAAGUAAGCUCUGCGAUAAUCCAGACACAUGCUCACAUUUCAAGUGGUUUUCGCCGAGACUUGAAAUAUGGUGUGAACUCGAAAUUACUAUCGAAUCAGCUACUCAUUCUCUGAAAUGCCACAUCUUAAAUUAACGUACACGGCUAGAAUGCCUCAAUGGCAUGGAACAAUUGGAAAUUACACCACCUCUAUUAGUCACAUACUACCGGAUAUUUACGUCUUUGCAUCCGACCAAAGAUACGGAUUUACAUGCAGUUGCUGUGGUGGUCAUUAUAUGAUCGCAGUGACCACUGUGUUAGAGCCCAAAAUAUCUUCUGGAGCCAAAUGCCCUUAUGAUCUACUGCUAUUUCAAGCUGGUGCUUGUCGAAUUUAGAAUGUUCUACUUUAAAAACGAGACUGAAAAUUGCUGCAUGAUUCAAUGCAUUCGUUCGUGUUUGCCCGAGCGGCGUUUUGGCAUUUAUUCGGCAUACGAAGAUGCACUUUCGCAUCGAAAACUCCAGAAAUAACAACACGCUGCGUUGCGCAAAAGCUAGUCAAUUCCAUCGAUCCGACAGGACACGGCUGUAACUCGAAAGAAAUUCCAGGGUCCUCUCCUGCGCGUACUGUCGACGAAGGUUUUAGGGUUAAUCGAAAGCCAUGUGUUGCUAGUUGUCGCGUUCACAAACAGAAGGCUAGUUUGACAUGGUCGAUCCUCCCUUGCACAGAAUGCGGAAGGAUGUCAGCCGGCCGGAAGUGCAAUUUCCUGCGCCUCUCCCGCGCAUCCUAAACCUGUAUCGGUUAGGUUGUGCGGUUGGUGCCUGAACAGCGUGAUAUCUGCGGAUGAAUUGAUUGGUCUGGGCGAUCGUGGGGCAAACGAUGCAAGUGGGUAACAACCCGAGCGUUAGGAAUGCAAAUGCGUCUGUUGCCCAGACCGGAUGAAUGCGUUUUUGUAAUGUAAACAUGAGGUGACAGUUAUUCAGUGAAAAGAACCAAAAACACGUGACUCCUUCACGGCUACAUCUCAACGUGCUUUGUUGGAGCAAAGACUGCAUAGGAGCAGAAGAAUAUCAUUAAACAUGACAGACAGUCCUAAGUUAGGAUAUGCAUCAUGAAAUUCAGCCUACGCAGUAAGUAAUCCCUUAACCCCACUGAGUAAUGCAGUACGUGACCUAUCUCAUGAAAGCUGGUGACAGAAUCUGAUAUGAGAAUUUAGGACGGUUUAACCGUUGCGCAUUUUGCUUUCACGCUCAGUUACCUAAACGAAAUGUCCUCAUCUUGUGCAGAAAUUGUGUCCACGUAAUUUUUUCAAGCAAAAUGUUCAUAAAUUUGAUCGAAAAUGGACGUCGCAGUAUACUCGGGCAUUUUCAUAUGCUAAUGCCUGUUAUGGACUUCGGUUGUCCAUCCGAGCGGGUUUUUCCUUUGAAGGAGAGUAAUUUACUCCAUAGAGUUUUAAUAAACAAAGGUUGUUGGACUUGAAAUCGAUUUUUUGUCUUUUGGUAAUCGUGGUAAUCAAAUUCCUAAAACAAAGGUUAUUUUUCGAGAACCGGAUGUUUUAUCGAUUUACAGAAUUCCGAUAAUCAGAUCUGGGCGAUUUUGUGCCCUAAAGUUCAGUAAAAUUGUUUUGCCGUUAGGAAAAUUCUACGUGUUGCCAAAGAAACGACCACUACCGAACUGUCAUUUUCAGGUUUGAGCACAUUUUGUGCAGUCAGAAAUGGGACGAACAAAACGUUAACGUCUUCAACAAAAUAUAAAGAUUAUAUAUGGCCACUCUGCCGUGCAUUCACAAUUGUAUAACGGAGUCUAAAGUUAGGCGAGAACAAUUCAAAUGGCCGCAAUGCAAAGACAAAGGCGUGUUCUUGUGUUUGAGGUCGAAAAACCUCAGUAUUUUUUAGCAUAGGUAAAGAGUCAGCGGAAAGUGCCAAUUUGUUUCUUGGCCUCACUCUGUAAAAAAUUAAAGUACUCAGACAUCCGUCGAUGGAAUGCAGUAUCAAAGCACUCCUUACAGAGGUAAUUUAUUAGAGAGUUUUCUGAUUGAUGUAAGGCAUGUUCACUGUUGACUUUCGUUGUGAGCGUCAGUUUUGUCCGACGAUGAGGGUUCCUGUUUGCGUGAGUCUUCAAAUGUGACCUAAAUGACGUUCUAAAUGAAAAUGAAAGCCCAAACGCUCGCCUGCUCGGUAAAUGCCUCAAAGAAGUACCUUUUUUUAAAUUUCUUAACAGACACAUAAUAAAUAAUCUGUCCUUACUGGCGAUCGGAUAAAAACACUGAAAAUCGUGAAGUGUUCAUCGAUACUUCAAGACCGACCUGAAAAUCAACGAAAUCCUGAACGAACGAAAAGUGCAAAUUAAUUUAACGGUCGGUGGAAGUUUUGUUCAUCAUCGUCUCCUGCUUCGUAUUAAAGCCGUCCGCAGGUACGAAAUAUGCUUAUUCUGUUCACUGUCGGUUGGAUCGGACGUUUCCGUGGUAACCACUGGACGAUGCACGUGAAAUCGAUCAUUGCCCCGACUAUCGUAGUAGCAACUUAACGAGUGUGUGCGAUGGGCCUCGUCUCGACAUCAAGCGAAUCGCUCAGCCGACGGUGCACACGAGAAUAAGGCUUAAAUUCGAUUGCGAAAAAUGACAACGGAGACUGGAGUGGUCAUUUCUGGCUAGUCAGCCGUCGUCAGUCAGCCAUACCCAACCACGAGGUGUGCCACCACCGAGGAGCGGACCCGUGACCUGUUGGUUAGAAGUUCAUCAUCCGAAACACUGGACCACGGGCUCAUCGUCCUGUCGGUUGCGGCCGAGAAUGUCAACAUUGGAAUUUCGGGGCGUCCUUAUCAGUAGCUGUUUCACGCUGGUUUCGUGAAAUUUAACCAGCUCCUUCGCUAUUACAUCAGCUUCAGCUGCUAAACACACACGAAAUUAGAAGAAGAAGAAGAAGAAGAAAAUUAUGAUGAUGAUGGUGGUGGUGAUGAUGAUGAUAAUGAUGAUGGUGAUGACGACGACGACGAUGAUGAUGAUGAUGAUGAUGAUGAUGAGGAGGAGGAUGAGGAUGAGGAUGAUGAUGAUGAUGAUGAUGAUGCAACCACUGGAACAAGAAUUUUAUUGGUCUGA